AUGAUAAUGAAACUAUUUUCCCUCUCUUUCCUUCUCAUACUCAUCCAUGGAGUUCCCGCCAACUCGGCUUUCGUUCGCGACGCCGACGGCGAUGUAGUCACAUCCGUAGGCGAGUACUUCAUCCGCUAUAGUGGCAUUGGUUUUUCUGGAGGCAUCGGUCUCUCCGGGUGGUCGCGCCUAACAUGCCCCGCCAGCGUCAUCCAAAUGUCGUCCGAGGUUGAUAGAGGCCUCCCGGUUAAUAUCACGCCCCUCAUCCAGCCCCGCAACUUUAGACCAUUUGCAAUCUACGAGAACGCGUCGGUCUUCAUCAAUUUCCCUCAAUAUGUCACCGGAUGUCCUAACGGCGAGGCCUAUUGGCACGUCGAUAUGUCCCAAGUGGUUGGGAAAUUCCUCGUUGGGGCCGGCGAGUUGGCGCCCGGCCCAUCAAGUCAUUUUGUGAUAGUUCCGGCCGGGAGAGAAAAUGUCUACACAUUAGCCAUAUGCCCGCCGAUUGCGGGGCUUAAAUGCCUCGGCCUCGGGAUUCACCGGUCGCUCGGUCAGGAUCGCCUGUCGGUGAACGAUCAGCCCAACGACCUCGCAUUUACGUUCUCGUUUGUUAAGAAGGGCGCCGUAGGUGCGAUUAAGAAAGUUACAGGUGCCUAG